AUGAAGCGCGUUCAUGUGGAUAACUACGCACCAAAGUACUAUAGCGGCAAGUGGUCGUGGGACUCGGAGAAAGACUGCCUCCACUUUCAGGCGCACAACGAUCUGGAAAACGCAAGAGAGCGCUAUAUUAUCACCAAUGGCUACAAGUUCCUGCGCACAAUGGACCAGGAGGAGGAGCUCAUCUUCCGACAGGAGUAUGUGCUACCGAAAAGCAACUAUAGUGACGUUGUGGUGAUCGGAGAUAUUAGAAACUUGGUUCUCUACCUUAUGCCUAAAGAAUUUCUAACCUACAAGUUCGUUGAGUUCAUGUACGAGCGGGAUACGCACAUGUUGCUUCACUCCUUGAUUAUAUACUUUGAGCACUAUUUGCGAAUGGUCGAGUUUAUGCUUAUACGUCGGGAUGAGCUUUCUGGUCCCCUGGGUCAGGUGCAGAGCGAGCAGACCAACGAUAUGAAGCGAACCUUUUCGGUAUACUUGAGCCAGUAUCGUAUGCUUGUUGCCCGAAACUACUGCCGCAUCAUCGGGGGCGAGGACAAUAUGUCCAAGUACUACCACAUGAAGCCGAUUUCCAACAUUUCAGCAACAAUCCACGAUAAGUUCUUCCAUGAGCAUUUUCUGGCAGUGGCCAUCCAAAUAGUCUGGAUCUGCAUGCAUCGCCGUGCGUACUACAUCAUCGAAAUGGAGAUGAAUCGCCUUUUCCGGUCCGAGCACUUUGUUUCUGCUCGCUCAGAGUACCUCGAGUUCACGGAGGCGGAGCGCAGUCUUCUCUACGGGAGAAACAAAAAGAACUACAAUUAUCGAAUUCAGGAAUCACCUCUUGUCCAGGAGCUAAAGCUGGUUCCUGCGGAGGAUAUGCCCAUUCUGUGGAUAGGCGAACGCAAGUACAGAGGAAACGAUAUCCGCAUUGCCGAGAUUGAACUGGAGUACAUAGUGCCUGGAUCACAGCUCAGCUUUAUAGAUGUAUCGCACGGCAUCAUGGGACAUCCGAAAAGCCUCUACAACACGCUUCUUAGUCUCGACUGGCCGGCUGUCCGCUUCUCAAACUUCUCGGAAAAGUUCGAUCCGUACCAUAUAAUCAGGCGACCUCACCUGCAAAUACCCAAGAUAGGUGAGCUCCAGAUGCGUACAAUGAAAGAGAAAUAUGAACAUUUCUACCGGAUCUGUAAGGUUCAUGAGCAGGCUACCCACCAUCAGAUCUGCAAGUGGGUCAAACGAGACAUCAACAUAGCGUUCUUUCGGUCCGGUGGUCUGCUCACAAACGUAGUCUCGCGUUGUGAAAAGGAGUUGGCAAGCACAUCUUCAGGACAACGGGUCGAUCAGAUCAUCUCCAACUAUUUUAAGAUCAUGUCCAAAAUACGCAAGGAGGAUAGAGAACCGGAGCGUACAUCAUCUACCCGUGGUAGUAUUGCAUCGCCUUUUAGUGUGGGCAAGGUAAAGCGGUAAAAAACUACAUA